AAGGCACUGGGGGCAGCUGAGGGCCUGCCUCCCAUAGCACCAUGGAGCGGCAUGGUGGGGAAGCCGUGCUGGCAGGGCAGCCUGCAGGGCAGGGGUGCUGGAUGUUUUGUCCUGGUGUGGUAUGUUUGGCAGGGAGACCUUUGGGUAGGCUUUGCUGUGUUAUGUCUGUGUCGCUGAAGAGUUUGUUUUAGUAUGUUUUUUAUAAAGGUUCUUUCCACCAUUCGACUCUUUCACCAUUCUGUCAAUGGUUUUUGCAUCUAAACAUUAGUCCAGUGCCAUCAGUUGGCUUUUUAUAUUUGAAAAAAAACACCUGUUUCCAACAGGUCAGAUAUCUGCAGUUUGAGGAGGAGCCUUGAGAUGUAACAUGACUCAUAAUAAGGUCUGAUAUUUAUUUGUGUUGUACAGUGAGAACUUCUGGGAGCUGGAGAUUCAGAAUGUGAAUUCAUACAAAAUUUUAUUGGAAUCUGUUUUCUUUGAACUCACUUUUCUCAUGUUGUGGUUCAUGAGAUCUGGUCAGGUUGGAUCUUUUGGAGAGUAAACAUGGAGUUAGAGAAGCUCCUGAACAAGGCCCUCGUUCAGAUGCAGAUGAAUUUGGUGCUGGUGCUGGCUUGUUCGUGUUGGGAGACUUGAGGGACUGUUAUCUGAGCAGUCAAACGUUUUCUUAGGUAUCAGUGCAAAAGCUGCCUUCUGUUCACGUUCGUUCAGUUUGGUGGCCAGGAUCAAGUCCUAAAUGUGUUACAGCACUGCUGCGUUUCACAGUGCUGUGUUUUUAGUAUUUGUUUAUUUCCAAGCUUUGCGCUAUUAAGGAAACCACAGAUGGGCGAGGUACUGGGUGGAAAAGAAGGCACGUGAGGCUCCCUGCCUUCAUCUCACUGAGUGCCCUGGACUGAAUGGAGCUGAGGAGGUCUGGCACCUGGCUUUGGAGAAGGGGACGUGGAAAAAUGGGGUCCUGGAGGGCUCUUAGGUAGCCCUUUGUAUUUCAGUGACAGCUCUUUUCUGGUCUUCACUGGCUGCAGUCAUUUGGAGAAGCACAAUCUGCUUUUUAAACCAAUUUAUUCCAAUGAGUGUAGAAAUAAGGUGCACAUGGACUCACAUUUGUAUGCUGUUACUUCAUCUUAUUGCAACGUCAGGUGGAAAUUAAAAGUUCACUGCCUUGCAACUGCUGUGUAGCCCUGGAUGUACUUUAUUGUUUGCUCUGUUGUGUUCUGUGUUUGUUUUGUUUUGCUGUAGGUUGCUAUAACUUUCACUGAGGGAAGAAGUAUUUUUUGUAAAAGAGCAUAAGAGAAUGACUGGAAGAACGUGUAGACGUGAGAAGACUGGCAUACACAGGAGGACUGACUGAUCUGUGAUUGAGAAGUGACAGUGCCCACUGGAAGCCAAGUGUCUGGAGAGGAAAGCAUGCCUGGCUUUUUGAAGUUGACUGCUACAAAGGAAGAAAGGAAAGUAAGCUUGUGCUUCAGCCUGGUUUUUGAAUAUCUUUCUAAUACAGUGGUGUUCCAGAAGAUGAUAAAGAAAUGAUAGCAGCUCCAGAAAUACCAACUGAUUUUACUCUCCUCCAGGAGUCUGAAACACACUUCUCUUCCGAUACAGACUUUGAGGAUAUUGAAGGAAAAAACCAAAAACAAGGCAAAGGAAAAACCUGUAAAAAAGGUAAAAAAGGACCUGCAGAAAAGGGGAAAAGUGGAAACGGAGGAGGGAAACCUGGUGGUCCAAAUCGGAUGAAUGGACAUCACCAACAGAAUGGUGUGGAAAACAUGAUGCUGUUUGAAGUAGUUAAAAUGGGCAAAAGUGCUAUGCAGUCUGUGGUGGAUGACUGGAUAGAGUCAUACAAACAUGACAGGGAUAUAGCACUUCUUGAUCUCAUCAACUUUUUCAUUCAGUGUUCGGGUUGCAAAGGAGUUGUUACAGCUGAGAUGUUCCGACACAUGCAGAAUUCUGAAAUAAUCCGGAAAAUGACAGAAGAAUUUGAUGAGGACAGUGGAGAUUAUCCUCUAACUAUGGCUGGUCCCCAGUGGAAGAAGUUUAAAUCCAGUUUUUGUGAGUUCAUUGGAGUACUCGUCCGACAAUGUCAAUAUAGCAUCAUAUAUGAUGAAUAUAUGAUGGAUACUGUCAUUUCACUGCUCACGGGGCUGUCAGACUCACAAGUCAGAGCGUUUCGGCACACUAGCACGCUGGCAGCUAUGAAGCUGAUGACUGCUUUAGUGAAUGUGGCGUUAAAUCUUAGUAUUAACAUGGACAACACACAACGGCAGUACGAAGCAGAACGAAAUAAAAUCAUUGGGAAGCGUGCUAAUGACAGGCUGGAACUCUUACUACAGAAAAGAAAGGAGCUUCAGGAAAAUCAGGAUGAAAUAGAGAACAUGAUGAAUGCAAUAUUUAAAGGUGUUUUUGUGCAUAGAUACCGUGAUGCAAUUGCUGAAAUAAGAGCUAUCUGUAUUGAAGAAAUCGGAAUAUGGAUGAAGAUGUACAGUGACGCCUUUCUCAAUGACAGCUACUUAAAAUAUGUAGGGUGGACUAUGCAUGAUAAGCAAGGGGAAGUAAGACUGAAAUGCCUAACUGCUCUGCAAGGGCUUUACUAUAAUAAAGAGCUUAAUUCCAAAUUGGAACUCUUCACCAGUCGAUUCAAGGAUAGAAUUGUGUCUAUGACUCUUGACAAAGAAUAUGAUGUUGCAGUCCAAGCAAUAAAAUUACUCACUCUUGUUUUACAGAGUAGUGAAGAAGUUCUGACUGCAGAAGACUGUGAAAAUGUCUACCAUCUGGUUUAUUCAGCUCAUCGGCCAGUAGCAGUUGCCGCAGGGGAAUUUCUUUAUAAAAAGCUUUUCAGCCGCAGAGAUCCUGAAGAUGAUGGAAUACUUAAAAGGAGGGGAAGACAAAGUCCAAAUGCUAAUCUUGUGAAGACAUUAGUGUUCUUCUUUUUGGAAAGUGAAUUGCAUGAACAUGCUGCUUACCUAGUGGACAGCAUGUGGGACUGUGCAACAGAUCUCUUGAAAGACUGGGAAUGUAUGAAUAGUCUUCUGCUGGAGGAACCUCUCAAUGGAGAAGAGCCUUUAACAGAUAGACAGGAGAGUGCACUGAUUGAAAUAAUGCUGUGUACAAUUCGACAAGCAGCUGAAUGUCAUCCUCCUGUGGGAAGAGGAACGGGGAAAAGGGUGCUGACAGCGAAGGAAAAGAAAACCCAGUUGGAUGACAGAACGAAAAUUACAGAACUUUUUGCAGUGGCUCUUCCACAGUUGUUAGCAAAGUAUUCUGUAGAUGCUGAAAAAGUCACCAACUUGCUGCAGUUGCCACAGUACUUUGAUUUGGAAAUUUAUACAACAGGGCGACUAGAAAAGCAUUUGGAUGCCUUACUGCGACAAAUCCGGGACAUUGUGGAGAAGCACACAGACAUCGACGUUCUGGAAGCCUGUUCAAAAACGUACCAUGCUCUCUGUAAUGAAGAGUUCACAAUCUUUAACAGGGUUGAUAUUGCAAGAAGUCAGUUAAUAGAUGAGCUGGCAGACAAGUUUAAUCGACUUCUUGAAGACUUCCUACAAGAGGGGGAAGAACCUGACGAAGAUGAUGCUUAUCAGGUCUUGUCAACAUUGAAGAGAAUCACUGCUUUCCACAAUGCCCAUGACCUGUCAAGAUGGGAUUUGUUUGGCUGCAACUACAAGUUACUGAAAACUGGCAUUGAAAAUGGAGACAUGCCAGAACAGAUUGUUAUUCAUGCACUGCAGUGCACUCAUUAUGUAAUCCUUUGGCAGCUAGCAAAAAUUACUGAAAGCAGUUCCACAAAGGAGGAUCUUCUACGUCUGAAGAAGCAGAUGAGAGUGUUCUGUCAAAUUUGUCAACACUACCUGACCAAUGUAAACACUGCUGUUAAGGAACAGGCUUUCACAAUUCUGUGUGAUGUUUUGAUGAUCUUCAGCCAUCAGAUUAUGACAGGAGGACGUGACAUGCUGGAACCACUUGUUUACACUCCUGAUUCUUCACUGCAAUCUGAGCUACUCAGUUUUAUUUUAGAUCAUGUCUUCAUUGAUCAGGAUGAUGAUAAUAAUAGUGCAGAUGGACAGCAGGAUGAUGAAGCUAGUAAAAUUGAAGCAUUGCACAAAAGAAGAAAUCUACUUGCAGCUUUCUGUAAACUCAUUGUAUAUACUGUGGUGGAAAUGAAUACUGCUGCAGACAUUUUCAAGCAAUAUAUGAAGUAUUACAAUGACUACGGUGAUAUUAUUAAAGAAACAAUGAGUAAAACAAGACAGAUAGACAAAAUCCAGUGUGCUAAAACACUUAUCCUUAGCUUGCAGCAGCUUUUCAAUGAAAUGAUUCAAGAAAAUGGUUAUAAUUUUGACAGAUCAUCACCGGCAUUCAGCGGCAUAAAGGAGCUUGCUCGACGUUUUGCUUUAACAUUUGGACUGGAUCAAUUGAAAACAAGAGAAGCUAUUGCUAUGUUACACAAGGAUGGCAUAGAAUUUGCCUUUAAGGAGCCUAAUCCACAAGGUGAGAGCCACCCACCUCUGAAUUUGGCAUUUCUUGAUAUUCUGAGUGAGUUUUCCUCCAAACUUCUCAGACAAGACAAAAGAACAGUGUAUGUUUACUUGGAGAAGUUUAUGACCUUUCAGAUGUCCCUACGAAGAGAAGAUGUGUGGCUUCCUCUCAUGUCCUACAGAAACUCUUUAUUAGCUGGUGGGGAUGAUGAUACUAUGUCAGUAAUUAGUGGAAUUAGCAGUCGAGGAUCUACAGUAAGAAAUAAGAAAACAAAGCCAGCAACAGGGAAGCGGAAAGUACCUGAAGCUGAAGAAAGCAGCAGUAGUGACAGUAUGUGGAUGAACAGGGAGCAGACAAUGCACACACCAGUCAUGAUGCAGACACCUCAGCUUACUUCCACAAUAAUGAGGGAGCCCAAGAGAUUGCGACCCGAAGAGAACUAUAUGGGUGUCUAUCCUAUGCAGCCUGAACACCACCAAGCUCCACUGGAUUACAAGCAACAGGAAGAAGCCGCACGACAACAACAGGAGAGGGCAGCGAUGAACUACGUCAAGCUGAGAACCAACUUGCAACAUGCUAUUCGGCGUGGCACAAGUCUAAUGGAAGACGACGAAGAGCCAAUUGUGGAAGAUGUGAUGAUGUCAUCAGAAGGGCGAAUUGAAGAUCUCAAUGAAGGCAUGGAUUUCGACACCAUGGACAUAGACCUACCACCAUCGAAGAACAGGAGAGAAAGAACGGAACUAAAACCAGAUUUCUUUGACCCCGCUUCGAUCAUGGAUGAAUCGGUUCUUGGGGUGUCAAUGUUUUAAUACCAGAGCAGCAAAUAAAUCAGUGGUGAAGUCAUUUUCUAAGUGGAAGAGGAAGUUUUUUCAAUACAAAAUUGUGGUAGAUACAGUGAAAUUCUGAACAGAUUUUUCUCUAAGGAGAAUGACAUGCUUUCAAGAUCAAGUGCAUUGAAGGGGCAGUUUUGUUUGCCUGCAAAAAAAAAAAAAAAAAAAAAAAAAGAAAUGUAAAGGACAAGUAAACAAUUUGAGGAUAAGCUACACUUUUUGUUGGAAAAAUCAAUAUUUUAUUUAUGUGCUACCAGUUUAUUUCCGGAUCACAAGAAGUAUUCCCUCUUAGUUUUAACCUAACAGUCUGAGAGGUGUUUGGUACAGAUUUGAGCUCCUCUCUUCAUCCAUUUGCUGGCUAUGGUAAAUAAGCACGAGCUCUGCUGGAUUGCCGUUCCAUCCACGAGGCGCAGUGAUAGUUGGAUUGGUUUUCUUGUGGCCAUAGAGCCAGAAGAGUGUCAGUAUUUCAAAUUAAACACAAACUUCAGCUUGUGUGGGUUAUGAAAGCGUUUUGUGGAGCAGAAUUAUAACCGCUUUUUGAUCUAAAACACUUUUAUUCCAAAAGCUUCAUGCUAGCCUUCUCAGAAAGGUCCAGAAACUACGAGUGACCAGAAGGUAACAGGUCUCAGUCAUGCUUGCCCAUUUCCAACCCUGAAAGUUUGCUUGUCCUUUAAGAAAAAUGUAAUGUUGUGAAAUUCCUUCCAGUAGUGCCACUGUAUUUUGUCUCCAAAUAAAAGAAGCUUAUUGUAGUAUGUUUGCAGAAAAAUUCUAAACAAAAAUUAUACAGCUUAUUAGAGUGUGGGAAUAGGGAUCUAAAUUUUAAAUAAAAUUAUAUAUAUAUAUAAAUUGGUGCUGAUUUUAUAAUUGCGCAGUUUGUUUAGUUUUUUCUUACUUUUAAAUUCCAACUUAAAAUUAUGAGGUUUCAGAAAUAUAUUGAAAGUUUAACAAUGUUUAAAAAUAGAAGAGCAUGAGAAGUCAUGCUUUAAAAAUGAUUUUUAAAUUUGUAUUUUAUAUUGUUUUAUCUAUCUGUCUUUGCAAGCAGUCUUCAGGUUAAAGAUACUUCUAACAGGUUACAGUACAUUUCCUCUGUAUGUAAAUUAGAUUGGAUAAUAGAAAUUCAUAAACAACCCAUAAUCUUCUUUGAAAGCUAAGCUUUAAACUUCAUUUUGUGUCCAUUCACAAAUAAAUUAAAUUUGGUCUAAAACAGAGAGUGGAUUUAUGCCAUUUUGACAUCGACUCAUUUUGCAAGGCUUAGGCAGCUAGACAUCAUUUUAAAGGAAAUAUUAACUUAUAUUACAUAUGUAUAUUUUUUGUCAGUUGUCUCUCAGUUCUCCAGGUAUAUUAUUUUAAUCAUUCCAUGCCUUAAUACGCUUGCAAUACAAGGAUCUCCCAAACGGGCGAACACAAAAAGGCUUCCUGUUUUUAGACUUGGAAAUCAAACAUCGGGCUGUGGUAGCCAAAAACCAUAGGGUGUCUAAAGGAUCACGAUGAAAUGUAAUUAUUUUACUAAAUCACGGGAUAACGACAAACUCGGAACUAGGCCUGCCUAACUCAUUCUGCAUAAAUAAAUACUCAUGUCUAAAAGUACUGCCUAUAUUGUUUUUCACACCACUGCAUUUAAUAGAACUGCUGAGAGGACUGUAUAUAUGAUUUUAAACUUAAGUUGAUUUUUCUUACUCUUGAAGGAGUGUUUCUUUGUGAAAGCAGUUCUUACAGCUUUGUUUUCAACCAGCUAAAAAUGUUUUAUAUAUUUACCUUAACCUGUUGUCCUCCACAUUCUAUUGUCCUAAUUGUACUGUUUUCUGAUUUGUAUUUAUGUCUUGAGACAGUAACUUUUUGAAUAAAAAUAAACCUGCA